AUGCACGGCAAGAACAUCUGCGAUGUGGCUCUGAGCAACCUGCCGUCGAACGCGAUCACUGAGGCGAUCCGGUGGGGCGAUUUCAUAUUCUCCGGCUCUCGCAACCUCGUCCUCGAUCUCGCAAAGGCGCGGGCGACCCCGGCUGUCGCAGGGCUGAUGGCUUCAACGGCUCACACGACGUCCACAUGCGAGACGGCCGAGCUGCGGCAGAUGGAGUCGCUGGAGGUGUGGGCCGCGUCGCUCAAGGCGAAGCAGCUGGCCGCCGCUGGCCACGCAGAUCGGCGCGAACAGUCGCUCGAGGGGCUCUACUGA